AUGGAGGCGCUCAGUGCAAUCUUCGGCGAGGAUUUUAGCAAGGUCUCGGACGACUCCUUCGAAAUCUCGUUGGCGGUGGAAGGAGAGCAAUCGAUCCGUUUCCUCUGUGCCCUGCCCGAGUUCUAUCCGUCCCAGGAGCCUCCGCUGUUCGAGCUCAAGGCAGACUGGCUGGAGCCCUCGCAAGUGAACCUCCUGAUUGAAGAGCUGGAGAAGUUGGCGAGGGAGAGUGUUGGAGAGAGGGUUAACGAGAGGCAGGUCGUAGUCUUCAAGUUGACGGAGUUUCUGAGGAACGAAGGAGCAGAGCUGAUACGAUCCUUCCUUCCCUCACCAAGGGAGGAAGCGAGCACGAGGGACCAGGAGGAGGCAGAUGAGGAGCUGGCUUCAGCAAUGCAGUCCAAACUCCUGAAUGACUUCUUUGAUGAGCAAGAGGACAACAGCUCGAGAGCCAUUAGGAUCUCUGAUUCUGCUGAUCAUCUCAUCGCAAAAUGGGAGGCGAGGAUCCAGCACGGUGGUGGGUACGCAGGCGAUCCGUUCACAGACAGGAAGAGCACGUUUCAAGCGCACCUUGCCGAAGUUCACUCAGAGGGGGAGGUCAGGGAGCUGCUACUAGUUCUGAACUCAAACAACAAGGCCGGGUCGCGACUGCUCCAUCUCCUCGACAUCGUCUCUGCCUUGAACGUGUGUGUAGUCGUGUCACGAUGGUACGGAGGAAUCCAGCUGGGCCCUGACAGGUUCAAACACAUCAACAACGUAGCUAGGGAACUCCUCGACCGUCAAGGCUUCUGCACCUCCGACUCCGUCCAAGGGAGCGGAAGGACAGGCGCCAAAAAGAAAGGCGGCAAGGCCUCGUGA